UUUCGGCUUUGUAAGGAUAUAUUUGUCAGAUUUAUCCCAGUGUGAUGCAGGUCAUUGUACGUUGCUGAAUGACUGGCCGUCCUUUUUUAUAUAAUAAUGGCCUUAUUGACCCUUGUUCGCCUCAUUGUGACCUACAACUGGACUCAGCUUCUUUCUGUUCCCACUGCGUCACUGUGACAGUACGUCAGGUUUCAGGCGGUGACUGACACAGCCUUCUCAGCGCUGUGGCUGAUGUCAGUCACAGCGUGACAGACCCAUCACAGAGUAGCAUCCCAGAGCUUCUUCUCUCCUCGUUAAACUCCUCAAACUGUCUCAGAAUGAGAGCGACAGCCAUGUCUUCCAGCUCAGCGAUGGUGCGGAUCCUGGUAAAAGGCGGCAAGGUGGUGAACGACGACUGCACGCAGGAGGCCGACGUCUACAUCGAGAACGGCAUCAUCCAGCAGGUGGGGAAGGAGCUGAUGAUCCCCGGCGGAGCCAAAGUGAUCGACGCCUCGGGGAAGCUGGUGCUUCCCGGGGGCAUCGACACCAGCGUCCACCUGGAGGAGACCUUCAUGAACGCCGUCACUGCGGACGACUACUACAGCGGCACCAAGGCUGCUUUAGCUGGCGGUACAACGAUGGUGAUCGGACAUGUUCUGCCAGAGAAGAAUGAGUCUUUGCUGGAAGCGUACGAGAAGUGCCGCAGCAUGGCUGACCCCAAAGCUUGCUGUGAUUACUCUCUUCAUGUCGGAGUUACAUGGUGGGGACCCAAGGUGCGCGAUGAGAUGGAGAAACUUGUGAGAGAGAAAGGAGUGAACUCCUUCCAGAUGUUCAUGGCCUACAAGGAGACGUUCAUGCUGAGGGACAGCGAACUCUUCCAGGCCCUGCAGCACUGUAAGGACAUCGGGGCCAUUGCAAGGGUCCACGCUGAGAACGGGGAGCUGGUCGCCGAGGGUGCGAAGGAAGCGUUAGACCUCGGGAUCAGUGGCCCGGAGGGGAUUGAAGUCAGUCGACCUGAAGAGCUGGAAGCAGAAGCAACGCACAGGGCAAUCACGAUAGCCAACAGGGCCCACUGCCCAAUCUAUCUCGUCAAUGUGUCCAGCAUGUCUGCAGGCGAUGUGGUGGCUUCAGCCAAGAUGCAAGGUAAGGUUGUCCACGGAGAGACGACCACGGCCCACGCUGUCCUGAACGGCAUGCAGUACUAUCACCUGGACUGGUCUCACGCAGCCGCCCACGUCACGGUGCCUCCUCUCCGCCUGGACCCCAGCACUCCAAACAUCCUGAUGAGUCUGCUGGGAAACGACACUCUAAACGUCCUGGCGUCCGAUCACCGUCCGUUCACAGUCAAACAGAGGGCCAUGGGCAAGGAUGAUUUCACAAAGAUCCCUCACGGCCUUCCAGGCAUUCAGGACCGUAUGAGCGUCAUCUGGGAGAGGGGGGUGGUUGGAGGCAAAAUGGACGAGAAUCGCUUCGUUGCCGUCACAAGCUCUAAUGCGGCCAAGAUUUACAACCUGUACCCCCGGAAAGGCCGGAUCAUCCCCGGAGCAGAUGCUGACCUGGUGGUCUGGGACCCCGAGGGAUCCAAGACCAUCUCAGUGGAAAACCAGUUCCAGGGAGGCGACGUAAACCUGUACGAAGGUCUGCGUUGUCACGGUGUGCCCCUGGUUACCAUCAGCCGCGGGCGUCUGGUCUAUGAAAACGGCAUGUUCACGUGCGCAGAGGGUUCUGGGAAGUUCUGCCCUUUGAGGACUUUCCCAGAUUACCUCUACAAGAAGAUGGUCCAGAGAGAAAAGAGCCAGGCGGUGAAAGCUGUUGAGCGGGAGCCCUACAACGGUGAUGUUGUUGCCGUGGUGAAUUCGGGAAAGAGGGACACGGGCGCUCCGGAUCUGGACACCCCAACGCGCCCCUGCACCCGUCAUGGCGGCGUGAGGGACCUCCAUGAGUCCAGCUUCAGCCUGUCUGGUGCUCAGAUUGACGACAACAUUCCAAAGAGAUCCUCGGCUCGGAUCCUGGCCCCUCCUGGAGGGAGAUCCAGCGGGAUCUGGUAACCGGUUAGAUGAAGCCCAACGCGGGGAAGGAGCAAGGCGACUCAUCUUUGUUUUAAAACAAAUCGAUUCUGUAUGAAGCGAUCGAGUCACAUUUUUUAAUUUUUAUUAUUUUCUAUCUUGAAUUUUGCUGUUAUUUAAGACGAUAAAACCGUAUCCAUGUCGAUUUGCUGAAUGAGAAACAUUUGUCACGUGGUAACAGCGACCAAAAUUCAGUCAAAAGGUAACCAAAUAUGAAAGCAACAUAAAAAAAACAUUUGCUGUUGAGUUCCUUUAGUUUUUUUUUUUUUUUUGGAUCAUGUUAGGGGAAAGCACUGUACUGUAUAGUUUAGAAAACAUUGUUUUUAUGAAACAAUUGUGUUACCUCACUGUAAGAAACAACUUUUGCACUUGUGUCAUGUAUUACUAUUUAGAUGCCUUUUUACAUCCUUUAAUGUCACAAGACGAUUUUUACUGCGGGCCGUGGCGAAUGAAUUGUAACUAUUGUAUAUGUAGUACAACAACUCAUCGGUUUUGAUCAGCUGAUGGAAGAAAAAAUUGCCUAAGCUUUCCUUUUUUUAAUUUGUUUUAUUUGUAUAUAUUUUCAUGUUUGAUUUGUUUCGCAUUCUGGGGAUCAAAAAGAUGAAGGACUUCAGAUUAGCGUCUCAGCUGAUGUUUACAGCAGGACGGGUUUCUUUUUCCACCCCACUAAAUGUGAAUGAACCUCCACCGUGACUCUUUUUUUUUUCUGUGUGUGUGUGUGUGUGUGUGUUAUGAUCGCUACUAUCAUGUCAAGCACAACUAUUCAUUUUUGCUUUUCUUUAUGAUCAUAAGUGUUUCCACACUGAACAAAAAGUCUCACCCAGAUGGCCUUUUCAACACCUAAACGCCCCCCUCAAACAAAAAGUGCGUACAUCAUGACCUGUCAGUCACUGUCAUUUCUGUCCUGGUGCUUUUGGGGGCGGAGCUUAAAUGCUCCCGCCAACACUUCCGAGCUAACGUCACCACUGUGAAAUAUGUGGGGAAGUUGAAGCUUUUUCACUGUGUGUUGGCGUUGGGAAGUUAGUGCCAGGUGUCUACAUGCCUUCAGAUGUUAACAGUAUGUACGAUUGUUUAGCUAGAACAGAAAGGCACUAGUACUUUUGUUGUCUUUUUUAAAGUUUUCUGCUCUUAGUUUGUAAAUUUCACACUUAUAAUUACAUGUGAAUAAGUCUCUUAGUACCUGGUUUUAUUCUGUUUGUAAGUGGAGGCCGGAAUAUGCACAGCUUACUGCUCUUUCGUUUCUAUUUCUGUAGUCCUGUGAUGCUCCAGUGGCUCUUGCAGUGUCUUUCCCCUCCCAAACGUACUGUACACUGGUGCUGAACAAUGUGUUGUCACAUUGAAUUCCUCUUUCUCCUGUUUUUGUCUUGCAGCUCUUUAUCACAUGAUUGAAGUGCAAAUAAACCACAGUGAAACCAUAGCCUGCGUCGAAGCACUGAUAAGGGCUGGAUCACA